AUGUGGGUAUAUGUCUCAAGAAACAUAUACAAAAUUUUAUAUAUUUUUUUAAUUAUUUUUAAUUAUCUUCUUUAUAAAGGAGAUGGACAGUUAAGUUCUAUUUAUCAUUAUACAAUACCAGAAGAAGUUAAAACACAUCAUUCAAAAUGGAUGGAAUCUGGAAAAUUUCAAGGUGAUAUUAUUGGUGUUAAUGAAGAUAUACUUCAUUCAUCAAAAGAUGCUAUGCAUAAUGCAUUAAAAAAUAAACAAUUAAUUUGGCCAAAUGGUAAAGUUCCUUAUGUUCUUGAUGAAGCAUUUACAUCAUCUGAAGUUAAUGAAUUAUUAAAAAGUUUUUAUACUUAUAAAAAAUUAACAUGUAUAAGAUUUGUUAAAAGAACUAAUGAAAAAGAUUAUUUAAAUAUAAUUAAAGGUUAUGGUUGUUAUUCACAAGUUGGUAGAACAGGAGGAAAACAAGAAAUAUCUCUUGGUAGAGGAUGUUUAUUUCAUGAAAUUAUUAUUCAUGAAUUAAUGCAUUCAUUAGGAUUUUGGCAUGAACAUUCUCGAUUUGAUAGAAAUGAUCAUAUUAAAAUUAUUUGGGAUAAUAUUUUACCAGGAAUGAAAUCACAAUUUGAUAUUAUUAGUCCUGCUCUUCAAGAUACUCAAGGUGAACCAUAUGAUUAUAAAUCUAUUAUGCAUUACGAUUCAACAGCUUUUAGUAAAAAUGGUAAAAAUACUAUUGAAACAACAGUUGAAGGAUUUACAGAUAUUAUUGGAAGUUCUGUUAUGUUUUCUAAACUUGACAUUAUUAAAAUUAAUAAACUUUAUAAAUGUCAUAUAGAAAAAUCUAAUGAAGAUACUAAAGAGUCAAAAGAAAAUGAUAUAAAAAAUAAAAAUAGUAAUGAAAAAGAUGUCCUUAAAAAUAAGAAGACAAUAUAUGAAAAUAGUAAUGAAAAAGAAGAAAUUGAAAUAUCAACAGUUUCACCAACUUGUCAAGAUCAUUUUAUAGAUUGUCCUGUCUUUAAAAGUUAUUGCAAACGUCCUUCAUUUUAUUAUGUUAUGAAAUCUUAUUGCCCAUUUACCUGCAAUCAUUGUCGUUGA